AUGAAGCAGAUUUCUGAAUUUAUCUAUACGCUAGAGGUUUUUUAUUUCACCAAUUUGCAUGAUACUCAAUUAUUGCCUCGCUUUCCAUCCUUGGACUAUGACAGCAGCGCGCCGUUGCCCUAUAGGAUAUGCCAUCCUAACUUCUUUCGAGGUGUUUUCUCUUAUCUCUCCGGCUUGAUUGGGCUUAUCUUCUGGCAGCCGCUGAUCAAUGUUCUAGGUGGGCAGAUGGGAGCCAGAAGGUCCUUUGGUUAUGCUCUAGUUUUCUUUAUUGUUCUUACUGUUGGCACAAUUGUAGUAAGCAUAUAUACUUGCCUUUUUCCUAGGCGUAUUAUCCUUUGGGAACAUGAUAAACUGAUAAAUUCCGGUAUGGAUGGGACAGGUGUCUAUCCAGAUAAUACUUCGCUGGAUUCUCCCGAUUCUCACUUGUUAUGGUUGGUAAUACACUUUGUACUUGGCCACUGGGUGCUUAUCAACUUGGUUUUUCAUUACUUUAUGGCUGCUAGUAUGGAUCCGGGGCGGGUGCCUGUUCCCUUACCUCAUGAUUUGCCAAAAUGCACUGGAGGAGUAACAAUGUGCCAACGCUGUGUCUUACCUAGGCCGCCAAGAGCCCAUCAUUGCGGAAUUUGUCGCUGCUGUAUUAUGCGAAUGGAUCAUCACUGUCCCUGGCUUGCAAAUUGUGUUGGUUGCCGGAAUCACAAGCAUUUCUUCUUAUUCCUGUCUUUCUUUACUUUUGGUGGAGCCUACCUCAUAGCCGUUGCCAGGUAUGACUUUCUCGCUCACUUCGAGGAACUAAAGGCUUCAAAAUCAGAAGCUCUCUGUUUGACUUGCGGAAGUCACGAGAUCGGCGAUUCUCUUUCUUGCUUUUCUGUCGCCCAUGCUGGG